AUGGAAGAUGAUAAUAAUGAAUCGAAUCAAGACGUAACAUCGAAUCUAUAUGAAACAUUACGACCAACUAGUUUGAAGAGUUACAUAGGUCAAGAACAUUUACUCAAUCAUGAAAAUGGACUAAUUUAUAAUUUUUUAAACCUAGGUUAUUUUCCAUCGAUGAUUUUAUAUGGACCCCCUGGAGUUGGUAAAACUACAUUAGCCUCAAUAUUAGCAAAAGAAUAUAGUUCAAUAGGAUCUUAUUUUGAAUCGUCAGCAACUACAUUAACUACCUCAUUUUUAAAACCAAUUUUAUUACAAUCAGAACCCGAACCUUGCGUUUUGUUCAUUGAUGAAAUUCAUAGAUUGACUAAAACUCAACAAGAUUGGUUAUUAGCUUAUAUUGAAUCUGGAUCAGUGAAAUUAAUUGGAACUACUACGGUGCAUCCAAGAAAACGACUCUUGAAUGCAAUUUUAUCAAGAUGUCAAAUUUUUGAAUUGCAAAAAUUAAAUUUAAAUGAAAUGAAGAAAAUAAUUGAUCGAGCAAUAAAAUUAGAGAAUGAGAAAAGAAAUAAAGUAUUGAAUUUACCUCCUGUUGUUUAUGAUGAUGAAUGUAUUGAAUUUAUUGUGAAUUUGAGUAAUGGAGAUUCGAGAAAAGUAUUAAAUAUGAUUGAAUUGAUCAAUUUAAAUUAUAAAAAUGAUGAAGUAAUAAAUAAGAAAGUCUUAAUUUCGCAAAAUUUACUACCCAAAUUUGAAAAUGAGUAUUCUCAACAACUACUUCAAUUAUUAGUAGAGAGUCUUAAGCAUGGAUCGAAUAGAAGUGAUAAGUUUUAUCCAAAUCCUUUGGAAUUCAUGUAUGAAGACUUGAAAAUGAGGAAAACGGAUGAUGAAUAUAUUGAAAGAUUGCAAGUUUCUGAUGAUAGUGAUAUUGAAGAGGUAUAUAGUUCUGAAGAGGAAGAAUUGCCAAAUAGCAUCUCAAAUUUAGAGUCUAAUUUAUUGAAACCUUUAUCAUACAUCUUAUUAUUAAAAGACUUUGGCUAUUCUAUAGAGGAAACCUUCAAACACUUGAUGAUUUUUAUUUUUGAAUAUAUUGAUUAUAAUUCUUUUGCAAUAAAUAAGCUUUUAUCAUUUUAUGAGUGCACUAAAAUACUGGACAAUGUCAAUUUAGUACUUUCAAAUUGUGUUGAGUGGUUAAUGUAUCAAAAACCUAGUGAAGGCUUCACUUUGCAAACCAAAUUUGAUCAUAUAAAGAAGUUUAUAAAUGAUGAAAAUUCUUACAAUUUAAAGGAUAGCUCAAUUGAAAAUAUUGUAAUAUCAUUUGAUGUAGAAGAGAUCAAACUCGCUGAAGAGAUACCAAAAUUUGAUAAUAAUGAAGAUGAUGAUUUGAAUUUUGAAAUUUCGUAUGAUAAUGUUUAA